AUGAGUCUAUAUUUUGACAUACGUGUGCAAAAUCCUGAAACUGCUUCGAUAAGCACAUCUGUCGCUUGGCAUAAUAAUUACCCCUUAUUAGCUGUCGCUGCCUAUUCUCAAGAUAAAGGUGGUUUUGUAACAAUUUUUGAUGACCAAGGUGAACCUGUGCAAGAUGUUGAGCCAACAGGACACGCAGUAGCACAAGUCACUGCACUCGGAUGGCAUCCAGAGAGGACAUGGCUAGCAGCAGGAUGGGAGAGUGGAGAGCUGCGAAUAUGGCCAGGAGAUACUGGAAGUCAAGAAUUCAGUAUAAUUGUAACUCCCCAUAGAGAUCCCAUUACAAUUCUCCAAUGGAGUCAAUUUGGUGGUCGCUUGGUAUCUGCAGACACUGGUGGAUCUAUAGUUGGCUGGAAAAUAGAUUCCAGAGGACAACUUCUUAUGACAUUUCAUCAUGAAUUAAAAGAGUCUUUUACACAAAUUGCAUUUAAAACAGCUCCUCCAAAGCCAGCUGUUGACAUUAGUGGUUUGGCAAAGGCAGCAGUGGCUGGGGAUGAACGAGCUUUGGAUCUGUUUAGUUCCUGGCGUCCAAGAACCGCCGCACCAACAGUAGUUUCGACUCAACGUGACAACCAUGCAUUCUACAUUGGUACUGCAAGUGGUACUAUAUAUUUCAUUGAUAUUCAAGGGCAAUGCAAGGAAGUAUUCAAUACUGAUGGUGCAGGACUACUUUGCCUGUUGCAUCAUCAAAAUAGAGACUCGAUUGUCGUCAUGACAGAAGGAUUGAACAUCGGGCACUUUCAAGCAGAUCCGAUUAGUGGGGAACUCAUAGAGUUAACAAAGGUAAAACUGAGCGGCAGAAGCGACACAUCGCGCACUAGCGCUACUCUAUGUUGGAUCAGCGGGAACACUUUAGCAGUGCUUACAGGUGAACUCGCUGUACGUUGCUGGGACCUUCACACUGGCGACACGUAUGUUCUGUCGCCUCCAGACUCGACCAAUGGAAACAUCGCUAGUCCUCAAGAAAUGUGUACCAGCUUGGCAUUUUGCAAAGCCAAUGACAGUUUGGCUGCCGGCACCAACUUGGGAACGAUCUACUUAUGGAAGCGAAAAAACGUGUCCGAGUGCGACGAGAACGCCUGGCCGAGCGUGCCGGAGUCCUGCGCGAUCCACGGCACAGUGAAGCAGUUGACAUGGGGUACUAGCUUAUCACGGAAUUCCCUCUUGGCUGUGAACUGCAUCACCAAUGUCUUCAUUCUGCAUCAGCAGCCAAUGUGCGCCGUGUAUAACGACGGUGUUUGCGCGAGUCAACUCACUCCCACGCAGAUUUUACUCGAGCUGGAUGAACAGACGUACAUGUUGAAAACAGAGAUUCAGGUGCAGGCCGUCGCAGUCACGAGGGAGUACGUCGCCGUUUCCUCCGGCAGACAAAUAAUCGUGAACCGCAUCAACCGAGGCGCCAAUUUGAAUACAGUUUUAUUGGCGACCUUCAGUUGCGACACGGAGAAAAUGUUGAUCUACGAGCACACGCUGAUUGUGUUGACUCCGAUGAUCCUUCAACUGCGAUCCAUGGAAGGUUCCAUCAUUCAAACGCUCCCCACGUUACCAGAAGAAGGUGAACCGAUCACUAUGGAGUUAACAGGGCAAUAUUUGACAGUAGCAUCGUUAAAUGGUAUCUUGAAGAUUUGGGACUUGGGCAAGCGUGAGGCUAAGUUGCACACCCGAGCUAUGGCAACAUACGAGGCUAUCAGCGAUUUUGCCGAGAUCAUCGAGGCAAGAUGUAAUGCGGAUUGCCAUUGCGUUUCCAUCACAGUUGCCAUGGCCAAUCUCAUGCCUAGCUCGGUUUUAUAUGUUUGGGACAUCGAAAGUGAUCAGAUCCAUGAAUUUGACUUUGGCGAGUCAGACGAUAUCAUUGACGAUGACAACACUAUGCUAACUACACAAUGCAGAGGGAGAUUGGUCACGGCGCACUGCUGGGACGUAGAAGACCCCAGACUAUUAGUGUGUCGAGCCCAGAGAUUGGAAAACCGUGACUCUAAGAACUUCAACAAGGACGGUGAUCAGAUCGCACAAGCCUCCGUGGUGUUGGUAUCGUUGUUCGCAACGUCGGACCAUGGUAUAGUCGUACAAGACGUUAAGCCGAUUGCUGAUGAGAAUUGCCGUUUGUUAGGUGUGCAGUCACCGCAUAUCGUUAUCUUAAAUUCUGAAAAGACUUUGGAUAGAACGAGUAAGAUAACACGCUUACUGAUGAGAGACUUCGAGGAAUUGGGUGACUGUGAUUCCGUCACGAGGAAGGCGGUGAUGGAUUUCAGUUAUCACAUCAGUGUGGCAAACAUGGACGAGGCCUUCAAGGCCAUUAAAUCUAUACAAAACGAGGCUGUCUGGAAGAGCUUGGCUAGAAUGUGCGUGAAAACGAAACAACUAAACAUGGCUUUGCUCUGUUUGGGCCACAUGAAGCAGGCCAGCGCCGCGCGGGCUCUUCGCGAAGCGAUGCAGGACGAUAGUUUGAGCCUGGAGGCGCAAGUGGGAAUUCUGGCGGUUGAGCUUGGUCUUCAUGCUGAUGCGGAACGUCUAUUUCGUGAAACGAAACGUUUGGACCUAUUGGGACGGCUGCUCGAGGCGCGGAAUAAAUUCAAGGAAGCGAUCGACCUAGCCAGCAACGAGAACAAGAUUCGGGAGAAAACCAGUUACUAUAAUUACGCUCGCGCGUUGGAGCAGCAGGGUAAAGUAGCGGAGGCCAUUGAUAUGUACACAAAAGCAGAUUGUCAUCGAUUCGAAGUGCCACGGAUGCUCUUGAUGAGACCCCGAGAACUCCUCGUGUACCUCAAUAAUUCAGAAGAGCCGGAGAUCAAAAACUGGCAUGCUCAGUACACUGAGUCGACCGGCGACAUGGAAGCGGCCUUGCGUCUGUACGAGCAAGCGAAGGAUACCCUGUCAAUGACGAGGUUGCUCUGUUACUUCGGCCGAGAGGACGAGGUGUCUGAGCUGGUAACCAGAACGGGUCAUGCCGCGUCUGCGUAUCAUCUUGCUGCGCAUUGCGAGUCGAAGAACAAUGUGUCGCAAGCAAUCCAUUUCUACACAGUCGCUAAAGCUUAUACCAACGCGAUUCGACUGUGUAAGGAGCAUGACAUGUUGGAGGAAUUGUGGCCAUUGGCUAUAUUAGCGCCGCGACAUUCACAGAUAGACGUCGCAAAAUUUUACGAGGACAAUGACCAGUCGGAUCGCGCAGUAUUAUUGUAUCAUAAGGCCGGUCUUUUGCACAAAGCCUUGGACGUCGCGUUCAGAACGCGACAAUAUGGGGCGUUGCAGCUGAUCAUCAUGGACGUAAACGCGGAUUCUGAUCCGGCGCUGAUACGGAAGUGCGCCGAUUACUUCAUGCAAAACGAGCAGAUCGACAAAGCAGUGGACCUACUCGCGACUGGCAAAGAUUAUAUGGCGGCGUUGGAACUGAUUCAGCAGCACAAUGUCGCGCUGAGCGAAGAGCUCGCGGAGAAACUGACGGUCGAGAAAGGCAGCAACGACGAUAUGGAGCACGAACGCUUGCGAAUCUCUACGCUUGAGAAAAUUGCGGAGAUCGCCUUCGAUCAGGGCAACUACCAUCUCGCGACAAAGAAAUUCACGCAGGCCGGUAACAAGCUGCGCGCCAUGAAGGCGUUGCUCAAGUCCGGCGAUACCGAGAAGAUUUGCUUCUUCGCGCAGGUCUCGAGGAACCGCGAAAUUUACAUUAUGGCGGGUAAUUACCUGCAAUCAUUAGACUGGCAGAAUCAACCGGAAGUCUUAAAGAACAUCAUUAGCUUCUACUCGAAGGGCAAGGCGAUGGAUCUGCUGGCGAACUUUUAUGUGGCGUGCGCGCAAGUAGAGAUCGACGAGUUUCAGAAUUACGAGAAAGCGUUGGACGCGCUGAAUCAAGCGAGCAGGUGUUUAACCAAAGUGGUGAUGCCACGGGAUCCGGAUCUUCACAAGCAAGCGGUGGAGCUAGUAAAUAACAGGAUGUCGGCGAUUAAACGUUAUUUAGAUAUUAAAAGGUUGUUCGACAAAGGUGAGACGGAAACGGCGAUGCAACAUGUGCGCCACUUGCUGGAUUCUCAAGGACCAAAUCUAGAGCAAUCGGUGCGUCGUGGUGACUUGUUCGCAACGAUUACGCAACAUUACGCCGAUAUAGGAGACACUGAUAAAGCUUGGGCUACUAUCGAGGAAUUGAAACGUUUGGUACCGGGUAUCAAUCUGAGUUAUUAUUUUAAUAUUAAUCUCCUCGAAGCACUGGGUUACAAAAUGAAAGUACAACGACAGGACAGUUCCGAUAAAGAUGAUGGAAUUGAGGAGCUUUUAGGAGAAUAAAAAUCUAUUAAGCCUAAUUUUGCCUGCAAAAUGACUAGAGAAUUUGUGAGAUAGAAUUAACUUUGUUAAUCUAGUAUAUUAGAUUUAAUAAGCACUUGUUUCUUAAUAAUAAAGAAAUUCCGUCCAUCUAGUACUGUAUUCUAAUACUGUAACAAUAAUGUAUUGUAUGUAUACCGUAUAUUCCUGUUUUAAUGACACUGUUGCAACUUUGCAACAGUAUUGCAGUAAGAUUGUACAACUCAUCUGCAAUAUUGAGAUAAACUAUUUUUACAAUACUUCUGCAAUAAUGUUAUAUAGAAGCUAGUAUGAUAUAAAUGAGAGAAUAUAAAUAUAUCUCUGAAUUU